AUGAGCAACUCAUUGAAGAUUGUUCCUACUAACGACAGUAGCAAGGUUACGCUCAAGGACACGGCCAACCACCAUGGACUGCACGACACAUUGAAAUAUGGGCCAAAGUCGUUGGCGUCGCAGCAUAACAACCAACUUCCAAUCCAAAGUCGGCUGGAGAAUACCGUGGUGACUGAAGCGAGGACGCGUGGCCAGUGGGAGCAAACACAAGAUGAUCUCAAGCUCAAUCUUUAUCGCAACAUCUAUGGGCUACACGCUCCUGUUAGAAUGAUGAUGGAGCGAAAGAUUGUCGCUCAGGCAAGUGCAGGACCCACGGCUAGUUAUGUCGACUAA